UUAUAAAUACACUCUUCUUCUCUCCUUUACUUCAAAAAUCAAAAGUAUUCGCAAUUCAUAUUUACAUUUUCCUCUUAUUAUAACUCUUUGUGCUUCUUCUUAUUCGAAAAAUGGCAUACUCAAAAGUGAUUAUUGCUCUAAUGUUGGCGUUUAUUGCCGGAUCUGCUUUCGCACAGGCACCGGGAGCAUCUCCGGCAUCUUCUCCGAAGAGUUCUCCGGCACCGGUAGCAUCACCACCGGUGGCGACUCCUCCUCCUAUCGUUGCCCCUGCAAAUCCUCCUACUACUGCAUCUUCUCCAUUGGCAUCUCCACCAGCUCCACCAACUGCCGAGACUCCGGCGUCGUCUCCUUCCGGUGCUGCUUCUCCUCCAUCCAUUGCCGCCGCUCCCGGAAGUUCUCCUACUGAAUCUCCAAACUCUGCUUCCUUGAACAGAGUCGCCGUCGCCGGAUCUGCUGUUGUAGCUGUGUUUGCUGCUGCUUUGAUGCUUUAAAUCUCUGAUCUGUGAGAUAUUUUGCGUUUUUUUAUUCGCCGGAAUUGAUGAGUUCACGUUUUUAUUUAUGGUUUAGAUUUAGAUUCACUAUCGCUAUUGAUUGAUUUAUUUGUACUAUAUAUUUUUAUUAGUAAAUAUUAUUAGGUGAUUCUUUGUUUAUUUAUGGAGGGCACUAUGUUUCUAA